GCUUUAAUCACAGCCACACAGAUCCUGUGAGGAGAGUGUGGAGCAGAAGCUGACGUGGACGGAGGUAAAGCAUGAAUUUAGGGAAAAUGUUGGGCUCAGAGUUCUGGACGGUGCUGCUGCUUUGUUCGGCGCUCUGUGGCGCGGCCCCCACCGUCGCUCCGACCAUGUCGCCACAGGAGGAUGAUCUGGCUCAGCAAUAUAUUUCCAUGUUCUACGACGACGUGGGGACCAGCAACGUCACACUGCGAAGCAACGUCACACUGCGAAGCCUCGUCAACAACACGUUCAGAGACGACCUGGAAACAAUGCAGGCGUUCUUUGGCCUGGAGGUGACUGGCGUCUUAAACAAAGAAACUCUGGAGGUGAUGAAAGCGCCGAGGUGCGGCGUGUCAGACAUCAGCCGAUACGGACAUUUCCACGGUAAACCCAGGUGGCAGAAGAGGCGGGUCACGUACAGAAUCACGCAGUACACCCCAGAUCUGGGCCGGGGUGAGGUGGACGCAACCAUCGCCAAGGCCUUUCAGCUCUACAGUGACGUCAUCCCUCUGGACUUCAAACAGAUCUACAGCGGGACUGCUGACAUCAUGAUCCUCUUCAAGGGCGGAUAUCACGGGGACUUUUACCCCUUCGAUGGAUCUGGUGGAGUCUUGGCUCACGCCAACUCUCCUGGACAAGGUCAGGGUGGAGACACACACUUUGAUGACGAUGAAACCUGGACUCUUAGCGCCAGAGGAGUGAAUCUGCUGUUGGUGGCGGCCCACGAGUUCGGCCACGCUCUGGGCCUGGAUCACUCCAAGGACAGGCGUGCUCUGAUGUUCCCCACAUAUCAGUAUGUCAACACUAAUGGUUACAGGCUGCCAGAUGACGACAGGCGUGGAGUUCAAGCGCUCUAUGGAAGCCGUACAGCAGUUCCCACGACUAAACCACCUCCCCGCCCUGAACCAGAACCAGAGCCAGAAGAGCCAACAGAAGAACCAGACCCUCUGCCCAACCCUCGAGAUGAGCAGUGUGACAGGAGGCUGGUGUUCGAUGCUGCUACCUCCAUUAGAGGAGAACUGUUCUUCUUUAAGAAUGGCUACUACUGGAAGAAGAAUCAAUACGGGAUCCGUUUUGUCAAAGUUUCAUCAAAAUGGUCCGGCAUCAACUCUGUGGAUGCUGCGUUUGAGGUCCCUAACAGUGAUGCAGCGUAUCUGUUCCAAGGUCGUCAGUACUGGGGUAUUCGGGCUCAGGCAAAGACUAUCAUACCUGGUUAUCCGAAGUCCAUCACCAACCUGGGCCUCCCCUCAUCCAUCAGUAAAGUCGACGCAGCCGUUUAUCUGCCGUCAACUGGGAAAACUUUCAUAUUUGUCAAAAAUCAGUAUUGGAGUUAUGAUCCCCUUAGAAGUCAAAUGGACGCCGGAUACCCAAGAUACAUCACUUGGGAUUUCCCUGGAAUUGGCUCCAAAGUAGAUGCAGUAUUUGAAAACUAUGGUUAUCUCUAUUUCUCCAAUGGAGCCAAACAGACCGAGUACUACCCGCCGUGGAAGAGGGUGAAUCGUGUUCUGCUCAACUAUGGCUGGCUCAACUGUUACUAACUCUCAUGUCCCUCUGUGUAACUGGAAAAUAACUGAACUUAAUACAAUAUUCUCAUGUCUGAAAAAAGUGUUUCCACAGACACAGGGUAUGUUUGCCAUAUGGCUGCUUGACUAUAGAGUGAAAUACAAACAAAACAAAGGUUGGGUCAAAGGUCAGUGGUUGCUUCGGAUGGCUUUCUGUAAAUAAUCCCUGACCUGUUUUGAUCUUGUUCUUCUCUAUUUUCUACUCACUGGUAAACAUGUGGUACAAACAUAUGGUGAAAUGUUCUCACAGAAGUAUGUUUUCCUAAGAAAGCCGUGCAAAAAAAUCACAAAAUGUAUUGGUUGUUAAAUAAACUAAAUGUGAUGAAUUAAGGUAAUGUAAGCGCUCUGUUGGAUUGCUGGAUAUACUUGCGCAGUAAAUGGAUGCAAACAGUG